AUGCUAUUUGCCGAAAACAAGCACGUUAAGGAAAUAGUGCUUAAGGUAGCUUUUCGAAUGUUCACUUUAAUUUAUAUAUUUUUGCAAAAAAAGAGCUGUACUCAUAUGAGGACAAGGGCCGGUCGGAUGGACACUAAAUGA